AUGGCUACUUUGAAUAAAGAUCCCAUUGGAGACCUGGAACUAAAGAACAAAGCUUCUGUGGCCUUAACUGUCAAUCCACCAGACAGCACCUGGAAGCUCCAGAACAAAGAAUACAGCAACUACGGCUCAGGGGAUGGGAGCUCCCCCGAAGGUGGGAACAAUGGCUCGGACCCAGGCUCUUACGAGAAGGGGAUAACAGUGUUCCAAACUUUGGUUCACCUGUUGAAAGGAAAUAUUGGCACAGGUCUCCUGGGGCUGCCGCUGGCAGUGAAGAAUGCAGGGCUCUUGAUGGGUCCUCUCAGUCUGUUGGUGUUGGGCAUUGUGGCAGUGCACUGUAUGGGUAUCCUGGUGAAGUGUUCGAACCACUUCUGCCAAAGGUUGCAGAAGCCCUUUCUGGACUAUGGAGAUACAGUAAUGUAUGGGCUAAAAACCAGCCCCAGCUCUUGGCUCCAGAAACAUGCCCUGUGGGGAAGGCAUCUUGUCGGGUUUUUCCUGAUUCUCACUCAGCUGGGAUUUUGCUGUGUCUAUUUUGUCUUCCUGGCUGAUAACUUGAAACAGGUGAUAGAAGCAGCCAAUACAACUACCAUCAGCUGCAAUAUCAAUGAGACUGUGACCUUGACACCUACCAUGGACUCAAGACUCUACAUGCUCAGCUUCCUGCCCUUUGUAGUGCUAUUGGUAUUUAUCCGCAACCUCAGACUCCUGUCCAUCUUCUCCAUGUUGGCCAACCUAAGUAUGUUUGUCAGUCUGAUUGUGAUCUACCAAUACAUUGUUCAGGAUAUCCCGGAUCCCAAAAACCUACCUCUUAUCAGUAGCUGGAAUACCUACCCUUUGUUCUUUGGAACUGCCAUUUUUGCAUUUGAGAGCAUUGGUGUGGUUCUUCCCCUAGAAAACAAAAUGAAGAAGAGGGAGCAAUUCCCAUUCAUCUUGUAUUUGGGGAUGACCAUAAUUACUCUUCUCUACAUCAGCCUGGGAUGCCUGGGCUACUUGAGGUUUGGAGAUGGCAUACGAGCUAGCAUAACCCUCAACUUACCCAAUUGCUGGUUAUAUCAGUCCGUCAAGCUGCUCUACUCCCUUGGAAUCUUUUUCACCUACGCCCUGCAGUUCUACGUCCCAGCAGAGAUCAUCAUCCCUUUUGCUGUCUCUCGUGUGCCAAGGAGCUGGAAUCUGGCAGUAGACUUAUCCAUCCGCACAGCCCUGGUCUCUGUGACAUGUGCUUUGGCCAUCCUUGUCCCCAGGCUAGACCUGGUAAUAGCCCUGGUGGGCUCCAUAAGCAGCAGUGCCCUGGCUCUGAUCAUACCUCCACUCCUGGAAAUCAUCGCCUUUUACCCAGAGGGCAUAAGCCCUAUCACCAUCAUUAAGGACACACUGAUCAGUGUCCUAGGCUUCCUUGGGUUUGUGGUGGGGACCUACCAAUCAAUCUAUGAGCUGACCCAGCCCCCUGUUUCUCACACCUUUGUCAACAUCACCAGUUCCUUUGUACAGUGA